GCCGAGGGGGCCGUCCUGCUCGUGCGUUCACCAAUCGAGUCCCCGAACGGAGGGCGAAGGCCCGCCGAGCUUGCCGGGAGUUGUAGUUUUCCCUCUCCUCCCAGCGAGUGAUUCCGGUUCUCCAGCUGAGCUCCGCGCGCGUCGGCCGGCGGCCGCGACGUGAGGGCCCCCGCAGGCUCGGGCGCUUCACGGAGGCGGGGACAAUCCGGCACCCGAAAGGAAGUCGGUACCGAGAUGUGGGCCUGAAACUCGGUCGGCCGGAGUUCGGGUCCUGGUCUUGGUUUGAGCAGUGAGGCCCCCAGUCUCAGCGACCGCUGCACCUGGCGGCGGCCGCCUGCCGCCUCCGACCGAGCGCGCUCGGGGCGUCGCAGCAGACCGAGGCGGAGGCGGAGCCGCGGCGCCCCGGCCCGUGGCUUGCGUCCGGGACCCUGGGCCCCGAUACCUCACUUUGAACGGGCCCCAUCGCCGCACACUUCCGCGGAGCCGCGACUUGAAGGUGGAGAACCGAGCCCUUUCCCCAGCGCCGCCGCUGGAGCUCGGCUCACAUCGGCUAGUUCACGACUUGGCCCGCGUCAGCCUCCAGGAGCCCAGAAAGCCCCGGGGCCCCCUCCGGGAAUAGUCGGGGUGCUCCGACGACCGGGCGGGUGUGAGCAUGCACCCGAGGAGCGCCUGUUCCUGAGCGACACCGUGUUGUAAAGCAGCGUCGCCGCAACUAAACGUCGGUGCUUUAUAAAGAGCCAGGCACGUGUCUGCACACAAAAGGCUCCAGUGAAUGGUGUCUGUGCUGUGGAUGCAACAUCAUCAGCUGAGAGCAGACUGCGGACUCUCAGAAUAGGCACUUGGGAAAGCCCAGCCACGGAGCAGUCACAGGUGUGGAUGACAGAGGUGGUGCCGUCCAGCGCCCUCAGCGAGGUCAGCCUGCGCCUCCUUUGCCGCGAUGACAUAGACACCGUGAAGCGUCUGUGCGGAGACUGGUUUCCCAUCGAGUACCCAGACUCAUGGUAUCGGGACAUCACCUCCAACAAGAAGUUCUUCUCGCUGGCGGCCACCUACAGGGGCGCCAUCGUGGGAAUGAUAGUGGCCGAAAUCAAAAGCAGGACCAAGGUACACAGAGAGGUGAGCCUGAGCCCUGCGGUGGCAGCCGGCUGCGCCCUGGGCGCGGCUGGCGCAGCGGGCUCCCUCCUGCUGGAGAGCCUGAAGGACCACAUCUCGAGCACGGCGCAGGACCACUGCAAGGCCAUCUACCUGCACGUGCUCACCACCAACAGCGCGGCCAUCAGCUUCUACGAGAACAGGGCCUUCCGGCAGCACCACUACCUGCCCUACUACUACUCCAUCCGCGGGGUGCUCAAGGACGGCUUCACCUACGUGCUCUACAUCAACGGGGGCCACCCCCCCUGGACCCUCUUAGACUACAUCCAGCACCUGGGCUCCGCGCUCGCCACCCUGAGCCCCUGCUCCAUCCCGCACAGGCUGUACCGCCAGGCCCACAGCCUGCUCUGCAGCUUCCUGCCCUGGUCCGGCAUCUCCUCCAAGGGCGGCGUGGAGUACAGCCGGACCAUGUGAGGCCUGCGGGGGGCCUUCACCAGGCUCCUGCUGCUGACCUGCCCCGGCCUCUGCAGAGGCCACCGGCCUGGCCCAUCGGCCUGCCCCAGCUGCAGGCCCGGUGCUACGUGGGCGCCCCGUCUCC